AUGAACCCAGCCGGCGACGAACUGUGUGCGACGGAAAUAAGGUCACCGACUGGCCCGACCGGGGCCACGAAGCGCAAGCGUGACGACCUCGACGGGACUGAUGAUACUGAGACCAAUCGAGCCAGCAAGCGGCAGCGAUUCCAUGAUGAUAUCAUCAGCGAAGUGGUCCAAGAGCCGGAGAACUUUAAUGAACAGGCUUCCAUCGUGGAGCCACAUCAAGACAUCACCGAGCCGAAUACCUCUACUCAUCCACCUGCUAUUGUUAGCGACGAGACCGAGAACACUAUCACACACAGGCUCCGAGUGGAUAACAUUCAGCCUAAGGAAGAUGCCAUCCACAGUGAGAGUCACGAUGGAGAAGCGCACAUUGCCUUCUUACUUCCAGACUCAGUCACCGAUUAUGCGAAUCAAGCAGAGCCGAACAAUACAGGUGAUUGGGAGGAACGGGACUGGACAACCCUGACAAUCGAGGAGCUAUUCUCCAACCCCGAUUGGGACUACAUGCUAGAUCCCUUGUUCGAACCACAACCUUUUGAGCCGACGCAAUGGUUCUCUGACGACGAUCCGGUGUUAUGCCCGACAACUCCUUACCCCCAGCCCCCUGAGUCAGACGCGGCAAUCGCAGGACUUCAGGUAGAUGAUACCGGGGGCUUGGAGAUUUUCGACGAACAUUUGUUCAGCCCUGAUAUGUCUUCUUCAUCUUGGCUCAUGAGUGGCCGCAACAGCCUAGAAAGCCAAACAACAGAAUUGACUGCCCUACCAUCUCCAGUAUGUGUGGCUCCCAGUGUCGAGGGCCUUCAAUCUCCGUCAUCCGAGGAGAUAUCUCUCCAGACAAGCUAUUCUAAUGCCUUUGAGCCGGAGCUCUGGCAGUCACCGGCGGCAUACGACAACGUGGGGACUGGUGAGUUUCAAGAUGAUGGACCAGCAAGCAACUUCCCACUUCAGGACCCAAGGCCUUGUAUUAGCCCGGACGGCGACGAAAUCCAGGUCAAGGAAUAG